ACAAAGCAGGCAUUUAUAAUAAUAUUGUGGAACAUUGUUUUGGAAAGUGUUGGAAUGCUAUACAUAUAAGAUGAUGGCAGUGUACCGGUUUUGCCAGCAGGCAAGGAAAACUUCAGCUACAAAUCAUACAGGUUCAUUGUGGCAAGCUCUACGAGAUUUGAAUGGUUGGAGUGUUGUACAGGCGACUGGGUCAUGUGGUUGUUUCAUCAAUGCCAACUUGUGUAAACUCCAGCCCUCGAACUCAGUCGGGUUUAGCAGUGCAAGGCAGACAUCCACACAGCCUCCAUCAGAUACUACGUCAGAGUUAUAUGACAGAAAUAGUAUGAGGCGGUAUGGGAAACUGGAGGAGGAGAUCAGUGAGAUAGAAAACCAUGCUUUUAGAACACAGGGCCCAGUAUGCCAAGGCACAAGAAGCCCUGAGGUUCAAGGGGUGGAACAUAUAAGACCAGACAAUCGCUUUGGAAACUACAGAUACUUCACCAAGAAUGCCAUUCUAAGGAAAAAUAUUCUUCAAGCACAAACAGACUAUUUCCAGUAUACAGACAACAACUACAUGGACAUGCAGUCUGCAAAGUCAGAAUAUCUGCUCACAGAUGAUGACCUGGCAAAGAUACGAAAGAUCACUCGUGCCAGUCCAUAUUCGAGAUCCAGCUUCAUUGAAGUUGCUUGGGACAAGGAUCUAAAAAGACUGGCAAUGGAUCGAUGGGGCAGCAUGCAGGCUUUAGAGAGGGAAAAGACAUUCAGAAAAUACAAAGAGUCUGUUAGUCCUAAGAAGGUAAAUGUUGUACAAUCACUGAAGGAAGCAUUUGGAAAGGAUUCUGGAGCUGUUGUUAUGCUGGCGCUGUCUAUGAAUGUGAUUAAUGCCAGUGCAAAGGGUAUGAUCUGGAUGUGGACUCGGUCUCCAAGCAUGUUCUCAGAGUUUAUGCACUCUAGUGGAGACGUACUCAACCAGCUGUUCCUGGCCGUAGGAAGAUACAAGUCAUUACAAAAACCUGAUGAGGAACAUCCGUAUGGAUACCGUAACUAUGUGCACAUAUUCAGCUUGUACAGUGGCAGUGCCAUCUUCUGUUUUGGGUUUGGUGUAACAUUGUACCACGCCUUAUACUGCCUAGCUAAUCCAGUACCACUAGUCACUGAGGGAUUGUUCAUGACAUACCUUACACUGAGCUUCAAUCUGGUCACAGAUGCAGUUUCCCUUGCGUUUGCAGUCAACCACAUACACAAGGAUGCUAAAGCUGCAAACAUGUCUUUUAAACAGUAUAUCAAGGAGAAUGAUGAUCCAGCCAGCAAUGUUGUGUUGCUGGAAGAUGCAGCUGGUGUGAUGGGUGUCAUUAUCUGCUUCACUGCCAUUGUGCUUAGCAGACAUUUUGAGAACCCUGUGGUUGAUGCUGUUGGUUCAUUAACAAUCAGUGGUAUGCUUGGAGUUGUGUCCUUCUUUCUCAUGAAACAAAACAUCGAUAAGCUCCUCGGACAAACUCUGCCGUAUGAAAGAGAAAUCCAAAGGAUUCUGGAGAAUGACAAGUUUGUGAAUGCUGUUCAUGAUGUGAAGUCACUGGACAUGGGUGACCAGAGCCGUUUUAAAGCUGAAGUUGUCCUAGAUGCAAAGCUGAUUACAAAUGAUUUUCUUCAGACCAAACUUGAUGAGCAGGAAAUGCUUGUGAAUCUGAAGUCCCUCCGUACAGUGGAUGAACUUGAUGUUUUUCACCAAGAGUUUGGCUGCUUCUUGUAUGAGCAGAUCGUGUACCACGUGGACCGGCUGGAGAAGGAAAUCAAGAAAAAGUUUCCAGAAGUUCGUCACAUCGACAUUGAGCCAAGCUGAGGUGCUGCCUUCAGAUUGCAUUUAUCUGGACAACUGGGCCAAGCAGAGACUCCGACAAAAUGUUCCAAAUAUCUGGACAAGUGUACUGUUGACAUUUUCCCUGUUAUCAUCUAUCAAGCACAGUGAACAUCACUGAUAGUUGUUUUAUCAUAAUACGUUUGCAGGUUUUUCCUGGAAAAAAAGUUGAUGUUUUGCCCAGAGCCUUAGUGGCAUUAUCUGCGCUGUCAUUCACAAACUUUAGACUUGGGCAUAAAUAAUCAAAAAAGUAUUCAUUGGAUGCAAACAUGACUGCAUCUUGAAUGGUUUGUCAAAAUUCACCUUUUCCAUUUGAAAAAAACCCUCUUACAUUUGUUUUUUCAACUGUUCCAAGGUGGUCAUACCUUGUUCAUAGAAAAACUUUUGAAGGGACUUAAACUUAGAACACAGAUGAUUUAAACUAAGAAUACAGAUAGAAGGCAUAUGAGAAAGUGCAGUGCGCAAGAGCUACCAUACAAAUUUUCAAUUUAGUGCUUCACAUAAUACAAGAAAUUAAGUAGAUAGCAUAGGUUUAGAUAUACAUUUACAAUUUUGGUAAUAUAUACUGUAAGCUCUUUCUGACCAGUUAUGUUAUAUAAAAUCAUGAUUUUGAGUUAAAGUUAGCCUUAACAUUGAAGUUGUUGUACAAAAGGAAUAAAUAGAUUAUGUAUACACAAUAGAUAUAAUCAUUGAUUGUUUAACUUUAAACAUCACACACAGUUGUAGUGUUAUUCUUAUCCAUAUUUUACCCUAUCAACACACUCAUAAGGAACAUAUUUUUCUGCGUUUAAAGAACCUCUUAUAUUGAUGAGUAUUCAUCUUACACUCACUAAGAUAUUGAGAUUUUGCAAAAUGCUGAUGCAUGGCUUUAAUUAAGUGUCCAUAACUCUGUAUCCUCUUUCACACACCCAACAGUUUCUCCCAUUGUUUGUUUUGAUUUUCGUAAUUUUUAAUUUGAUGAUGAAGGGAAGGAGUAGAUUACAACCAGAGCCAUCACAGUAGUAAUAAGGACUCCAAAUGAUAGCAUAUUUGAAAGGGUGUUCAAUUUGAAGGCAUGGUAUUUAAUAAACAAGAAAUACCAUUGAUGCAAAGCAUUUAGGGGGCCAUGAAGUAGUUUGUAAAACAAACAAAUUAUAGGUGAUGUACUUUUAGCCAGAUUUUUCAACAAAAAAAAUACAAGUCAAAGAAUGGCCAAAACCGGAUUCUGUGUGUCUGUAAACAAUUGCUUGUGAACACGAUACAGUCUUCAGUUUUGAUUGUAUCUCGAUGAAACUUGUACAGUAUUUAGAUAUCCAUUAAAGCUCGGUUCCUUUUGAAAACCAGCCAGAUCCACCCAUGCAAGCCUAGACCAUGAGUCUAAAAGGAUAAAAAAAAUGCUAUUUUUAGCUAAGUCUAUUUUUAGCCAAUUCUGCAUGAGCGAAGUCUAUUGUUAGCCAAGUUUACAUGUAAAGUCACAAUUGCUUGUGAAUGUUUGUUCAAAUUAUGCCCCUGGGGUCAUUACUGGCCACGCCCAUGGGUUCACAGGUUUGGUAUAGUUAAAUUGGGAAAUGUUGAAAACCUUUUUGUCUGAAACAGCUAUGCAGACCCUUGCUAUUCUGAACAAGGCUUAAUUUAGUGGUCCACUACCGUGGUUGUUCAAAUUAUGCCCCUUGGGUCAAUAUUGGCACUGCCCCGGGGUUCACAAGUUUCCUAGAGACUUAUUUAAGAAAUAUUUUCAAAAUCUUUUUGUUUCAAACCACAAGGCCCAUACCUUUGAUAUUUGUUGUGGAGCUUCAUAUGAUGACUGUCUAGCAAAACAUUUGAAAUUUUGCCCCUUGGUGAACUUUAUAUUUGUUGGCUAUUACUCAUACAUACAUGCUCUGGAUUGAAAAUGACCACAAGAGCCAUGCCAGUAGAGCAUUGGCCCUGUUGGGCCUCUUGUUAUUCAAAUGUUAUGAAACUGUCAGAUUAUUUGUCUGCAUUUUGUCUUGAACAUUUGUGCAUAUGGAUCACCUCAUGUCAGGUGAAAUCUUUGGAUAUAUUUUCCUAUGUCAUAAAGUCAGUAGUUUUUAUCCAAUUGUCAUGAAACUUUGUCAGAAUACUUGUCUGCAUGUUGUCUUCAAAUGCUUAUGAGUAUGGGUCACCUUAGGUCAAAAACUAGGCCACUACAAUGUAGGUCAAAUAUGAGGAAAUGUUUUCCUUGUGUAAUCAAUUAAAAAAAAUCAGAACUUUUGCAGUUGUCUGAUUUUCAGGAAAUAAUAAUUUGGAUAAAAAAUCAUUUCAAUUUUUUUUUCAGAAAAGUCUGUCAACAAUAUAAAUUUGCUUUUGUGUCUAAAUGCCCCAGACUACCCAAUUAAUAAUGUUUAUGGUUUCUUGAUUGUAUAUUUUCAAACAAGAAAAAUAUUCAAUAAAAUCAUGAAAAUUAAAGUGCUUAAAACAUUGAAUGGCUUAUGGCCUGCAACAUUUUGUAAGUAUAGGCAUGUAAUUGUAAAACAUAAUUAUUAACGUCAACAUCACAAGAUAGUAUAUGUUGCUCAUAAUUUCCUUCACGAAAACAUUUAGAGCUUAAUGUUGAUUCUCAAUAAGAUCAUGAAUUAUAAGUCACUUGAAAUGUGGAAUACGUCAAAUAAUUACUUAGAAGGUAUUGAGUAAUUCCCAAUAUCAUAUAAAACUUUAUCUGGAGCUUUAGUUUCAUAAACAUUGCACUGCCAUGGAUAAAAAAUAAAGGAUUUUUUUUGUAAAAUCUAAUCUACACUUCAAACUUGACUUAAGUGUUUUUAAUUUACUACCAGGGUAUGCCAGCUAAACCAAAUGCAUCCCAACAAAAUGCAUUGGACAUACUAGCUAGGUUUAUGUUUUAGGCUUCUUUCUACAACGCCAAAUACCUUUAUCAAAUCACCCACAUACUAUCGCCCACAUAUUUUUAAUUCCCUGUAUGUUUAAUGUACAUGUACCUUAAUAUGUCACACGUGGACAAAAUGAACAGAUUUAUAUCAGUUGUUUUAAGACUAUCUGCGCAUGCGCCCAGUUAGUCUUAAGACCGCAAAAUCCAAAGAACUACUUCUAUUCAUGUCGUUUUAACCCAUUUUUUUGUCUUAAUGCGCUCUAUGUUUAGCAGAUUGAGGACGAAAUCAUAAAAAUAGAUUAGUUGUAUUGCGGUCCGAGUAUGAGUUCUUGCUUGUUCGGCUAUUUCCGCGCUGUAUUUCUUAUCCCGGCGUUUUAUUUUUAGCAGUAUAUAACUAUUUAUAGAUCGUUAUAUUUAUCAGAUUAAUGUGGGUCAAAAUAAUGGAGGCUCUGGUAGGAAGGUAACAUACUGGUAUUCACUCUGAGUUAAGCCCAAGAUGUUCUAGAAAUUAUUACCGACCGCAAGUGUCUCAUCGCCUGCAGUGUUUGUUAUUAUAUAAAUUGUGUGUGACCUUGAAGCACGCUUAUUUGUAAUGGUGUAUUUUUGAUAUUACUUUUAUGAGAUAAGAAACAAAAAUGAUUAUCUGAAAUUCAGUAGUUGUAUCUCAGGUUUCGCGUUGCUUAUGCUUCAAAUACUAUGCGUUGCCUGCUAUACAAUAACAAAAUACUAUUCAUUCUAAGAUGUUUUCAUUUUUUGCGUAAAAGCUUCGUUCCGGCAUAGUUUUGGACAUUAUGAUUUCAAUUUAUUCUAGCACACAUGCCCUGAUACGACAGUGAGUUAUGCAUACGUUUGAUGAAGCAGAGUAGUUCGGAUUUAACCUGUAAAACAUCCAAAGAGUGCGAAGCAUUCAUAACAGCACUAGUAUUUCUACACCGAUACUUACAUAAAACAUAAAUAACAUUUAUUUAUCAAUAAAACUUGAAAAAGCACAAUCAUAUUCUCAUUCUUAGAACAGACAGUUUCUGAUAAUCUAAAAAUAGUUUCAACUACAUUAACUGACCGAUUUUCUAAAAAUAGUUUCUACAUACAUUAACUGACCACAUGUUUGUCCUCACCACGGGAAAAUGACCAUCUGAUAAGCUCUGCAUUUUGAUAGGAAUUACUGCUAAAGUUGCUCGUAAAAAUAAAAUCAUUUUCCUUAAACAAUUAGAACGUGUAUGUUCAUAAAACUUGCCUAACGUAUGAUAUCUAAUCAAAGUACCGAUAGAAGCGAUUAAAAGGGGCAUGCAUUCUAAUUUUACAUACAUGGGGAUACGUAGACUGAAGUGAUGAGCUGUGCAUUUUGAAUGAAAUUAUUGCUGAUGUAGUUUGUAAAAAUAAUGAUUUUUCCUUAAACAAAACGUGUAUGUUCAUAAAACGAAAUGAUAUAUAUGAUGUAUUGUAUUUUCCUAUCGUAUGAUAUUUUAUCAAAGCAACGAAAACCCUUUAGAAACGAUUGAUAGGGGCAUGCAUUGUAACAUUAAAUACAUGGGGGUGGGGAUUUACGACGAUUGAAGCAACAUUUACAUAAACAAAAUGAUACAAGACGCCAUAAAAUAGAUAUACAUGUAGAUAUGUUUGUUUCCUCGCCCAGUGUGUUCACUUUUAUCUAUGUGCCCUUCACCCAUUCCCAUACGGUUCAAAUAAAAUUUGCAACUCUCA